AUGAAAGUUCUCCUGGGCCGCCUUGAGCAGGGGGCUGCAGCACCGUGGUCCAGCUUCUUACCAGAUCACUUGCGGCCCAAGGGUGUGACCGCGAAGGUUUUCGAGCAAAGCGUGCCCAAGGACACGAAGGCUAAGCUAAGCUACGAGAGCAAGGCUCACAAGACUGAAUAUUCUCCAUUGGGCAUAUGUGUCAUUGGAAGAGUUUGGGAGUACUCCCAAGAUCCUGUUGGUUGUAGAGAAGUGCAACAUGCUAUUGAGUGUGCCGACGAGAAGACUCUGCUUCGAAUUGCCGCCGAAUUGCGCGACCACGUUUGGGAUGCGACAUGCUGCCCCCAUGCCAACCAUGUGCUACAAAAGUGUAUUUCAGCUAUGCAUCCAGAAGAUCUCCAGUUCAUUGUAGAUGUGUUCACGAAGGAGAGGCUGGCAGUGCAGGCAGCCAGGCACAAGUACGGCUGCCGCAUUGUGCAGCGUCUCAUCGAGCACUGCUCCAGCCGACAAGUUGAAGGGCUGUUGCGUACAAUCCUUGCAGAAGUCCCGCUCGUUUCCUGCCACGCAUACGGAAAUUACGUGAUGCAGCAUAUCCUGCAGCACAGCGCGAUACAAACAGAGGUAUGUCAAGCGUUGGAGGAGCAUCUGAAUGCGUUGAGCUCAGACCAGUACGGCGCGGCUGUCGUAAGCUGCGCCUUGACAUCUGCAGUGCGCCCAAGCCGUGUCUCCUUAGCCAGAGCAAUCUUGAAGGAGCCUGCUGUGUUGGUCCGUCUGGCAUGCAGCCGCCAUGGGCAUCCCGCUGCCAGAGAGGUAGUGGAAGUGCUCGGCAGUCCAGAGAGGACAGAAGCGCUUCGAAUCCUUGGGACAAAUCAGACACGGCUCCUACGCUCUAGAUACGGACGCUUAGUUGCAGGCAUGAGCUAG